CUACUUUAGCCUUCUUCAGCGUUUUGACCGUCAGAAGUGAGGAGUCCAGAACGGGGAUCAGAGUGUUUGAUUCCAACGGGAACGCCAUCGGUGUCUCUAAAGCGGCAGGAAAAAAGGCCGUGUGGGAUACGGCGCUGUCCAGAGCGGUUCUGUUGGGAACAACCGCUGCUGUCCCCAUCCCGCUGAUUUUGCUUCUACGAAGAACGAGACUUUUCCAGAGGAACCCCCUGCUGGUCACUCCGUGCUUCUACGCCAGCAUCGCUCUGGUCUUCUGCCUGAUGAUUCCCGUCUCCUUCAGUUUGUUUCCUCAGCUGGGAACGAUAAACAGGGAGAAGGUGGAGGAUGAGCUGCAAGCUGAAGCGGUUGGAGGGGAGUUGUACUACCACAGAGGACUGUGAGGAGACGACAAACUCGCUUGAGUUCAUAUCUGAUGGAUUCUGUAUUUAUUUUUUAUUGGUAAUAAACUCUAGAAGAUAGAA